AGUGCCCGCGAGCGCCGCGCCUGCUCGGGGAAUCCACUUCGCUGCUAGACGCUCCUCGCUCACACUCGCUCCCUCCCCGGCUGCUUCCCAUGGCUUUGACUCUGCGGCCGGAGCCUAACCACUAACGGGAGAAACUUUUCCUGCCGUUUCUUCUCCCCACCCCCAUCCAGGAGAGGAUUAAAAGUUGCAAGAACUGGUGCCGCCUGUGUCACUUGGGUACUCGCCGGCCAGUUCCGAGUCUCAGCCAUGUGCACCAACAUAGUUUACGAGUGGCUGAAAGCGUUACAGCUCCCUCAGUACGCUGAGUCCUUCGUGGAUAAUGGCUACGAUGACCUGGAAGUGUGCAAGCAGAUCGGAGAUCCGGACCUGGACGCCAUCGGGGUUCUGGCUCCCGCGCACCGGCGACGCAUCCUGGAGGCUGUGCACCGCUUGCGGGAACAGGACGCGGCCGCUGCUGGCCUCUACUUCACACUGGAACCGCAGCCUGUGCCACAGGCACCGCUGGUGGACGCGGUGCCCCCAGGCCGCCGGGGGGAGCCAUGUGGCGGCUUAGCCCAGGGCACUCGCGGGGACACCCGUGGCCAGCCGAGCGCUCCCCGCAGCAGGGAGCUGGUGAGCUACCCGAAGCUGAAGCUGAAGAUCAUGAUCCGGGAUAAGCUGGUCCGCGAUGGCAUCCACCUGAGCAAACCCCCUUACUCCCGCAAGGUCCCAAUGGCCGGCAUCCUAGAGUACUUAAUGAACUGGCCGAAGUCAUCACAGAACCGCUAGAUAUCAUUUUUGAGAGGCCCGUGGCGGACUGAUGAGGUGCUGAAGACUGGAAAGGGGCGUAUUUAGAACCUUCUUUCACAAAGGGAACUGGAUGGUGACUCUGCAAACACUCAUCAGCUUAACUUUUUGCUCGGAAAAUUUUGGAAUUAUCAACUUAGUAGACCGAGUAACUCACUUGUCAUAGUCAGGAGUAAGGCAGUGACAGACCACCUAUGGAAAUAUGUUGAACUUGGUUUUCAGUGGACACUCCAUGUGGGAAGAAGUCUGAUACAUCUCUUGGAAUAUUUCUCCUUUUUGAAUUUUUCACCAUCAUAGUUGGGGUUGACUAAGACUUGUGGGGAAUUACUAGUUUUAAGUAUACUGCACAAAAGUAGGUUUCUUACAAUAGCUACUUAAUUAUAUAGCUUUCAAAUUAACCUCUGUUUCAAGAACAGUAACUUUCAUUUUAUAUUUUAACAUACAUGUUAUUUUACUUUGUAUAGGGCCUUGUUUUCAUUAACUUACAAUAUUUCAUAUAAUUCUAUAUAAACUAGUUUGGUGAAGGAACUCUUACUUUAGGUACUUUAUAUAGUGUUUUCACAUAUAAGUAUACCCAUAACACUGACAGAUUAAGGAAGAAAUUAUUUUUCUGACUUUUAAAAUGUAAUCUGGUGGAGGGAUGACUAUUACGUUACAAGUACCAUGUUCCGUUACAUGUCAGCUAUCUAUAUUCUUCUUUGCCCUUGCCCACCUUUUCUUCUCUCAUCCUGUACCCCUCCCCAAUAUGCUUCUGAUACCAGUUGGUGGGCAGGGAAGUGGGCCUCGGAAAUACGCAAGAGGAGCCUUGUCCACACAUCUGUACUUGAGGAGAAUAAAGAAAAAGGAGAGGGAUGGGGAAAGAAAACCUGAAAUAUUUUUUUUCCUUUAUCAUCAUUAUUUCCUUUGGGUGUUGGUAGUUUGCUUUUCUGUUAAGAACUACAGCCAUGAUGAUGGGGUCUAAACUUCGCCGAGAAAGGCUUGCAGGUGAUUUAGCAAUGUUAACAAGCGUCUGAGGCUGGCAAGUUUGGAGAAACUCUCAGCUGCCACUGUACUGUGACCAACCAUCCAUUCAGUUACUCAGAAGUACAGCACAGAUGCAAGCUUGUGUCACUAUAAUUAUGGACAUGGACAGGAAACUUUCAAAGACAAGAGACUGAGGUUCGCUUUGUCUCUAGAAAUAGGUAGGCAACUUAGAAGGGAUUACGUCUUGGAGGCCUUCAUGGCAUAAUACCAUGUUUUAAAGUCUAAAGUUUAACCACUUGAGCUGCCUUCAGAGAUGAAUUUUGGCACUGUGCAAAGCCUUUCUUGGGCUUAAAUACAAAUGUAAGGAAAUUAAAUUCUAAGAGCACGUGUGAGUUGUCUGUCCCUCACGAGCUGCAUAUAAUCAACCGCUCGUCACCUUUUCAAAUAAUCUGAUCUAUAAAAUACUGCUAGAUUUUUUUUUUAAAGAGAUGUGGGUGUCUGCAUAGAUUACUGAUAUGAUUUAUUGUGAUAAUAAAUGGCUUCCUGGUUGAGACCUCAUUUCCAGGUGCUGCAUCUGUGGCAGAUUUAUUUCGCAGAUGUACAUUGCAUGCAUUUGUUGACCUGUGGCUAGCAAGGACCCAGUUUCUGAAAAAAUAUAUUAUUUUCCCCGGAGGCAAUAGAAUAAAAUGAAAAGGGCCCCUGGGUUCUUUCAAGCUUUAUUUUCAAUUUGAAUGAUGUCCGACUUCAAUUAUUUGGCUUAAAUCUAAAUCUUGUCUCCAAUGCCACUAUUAGAAUUUAAAAUUAACAAUAAUCUACCUAAGUUAUGAGUCACAAUUUAGGAUGGUAGAAUAGCAGUGGGUCAGAAAGAUGUCUUAGUGCAAAGCUAGAAGAAUAAAACUCGGGAAGAGAACCAAUGAAAAGAAGUUUUGCUAGCGCCUUUGUAUUAAAUCCAGAUGAAGUAAGAAGACAUCAAAGGAAUUCUGACCUUGAAUUGCAUCUAUCAGGACUUAUCUUUAAGAGUCAAUUUCUCAUUGUGCUUCCCCCCCAUUUAUCUAAACACUGGUGAUUUCCUUAAUAUUAACUAUAAAAGAUGAAAAAGACAACAGCAAGACUCAAAUGUCGGUCAUGUCAAUGAUUCAGUUCCCGAAAAUUAAGUCAUAAAGUGACAUGGGUCUUAGUUUAUAAUAUCAAAAGGUUUAGAGAAAAUAGCAAAAUUUUCUUCAUCUUAAAAAAAAAAAAAUGGGAAUGUAUGAAGAAAAUCUUCGCUUAUGCAAAAAUGUAAGCUUGCCCAGUACGGUGUGUAUGUAUCCAUAAUCCUUGCAGAAUUCCAAGUUCAAGGCCAGCCUAGGUUAUGUAAUGAGAGGUCUGUCUCCAGUAAGCAAAUCAGAGGGGACUAUGAGAUAGCUUAGUUGGUCAAGUUUGUACCAUGUAAGCGUGAGGACCAGUGUUUGAACCCAGAACCCAUAUAAAAAGCCAGGUGUGGUGAUGUACAGUUAUA